GUGUGUGUGUCAUACUAUUUGGGGGUCCUCAUUCCUAGAGGACUGCUUGGUUCAGCAGCGUUUCUCCUUGCAUUGAGAGAGUUUGGUAUGACUCCCACAGGACAACAUACACAGAUGCAUGAUAUUGGCUCUGACGUCUAAGGGCACAGCAGAUAGAAGACCAUGGAAGAACUCACUCUGCUACUCUGGCUCCUGAUAGUUCCUCUUCAAUCAUUUGUACUUCAGCCCAGAGUGGAAAUGAUCCUCAUAGAAGACUCGGUCAGAGAAACAGAUCCCUGGUCAGACUGGAGACCUGAGAGAUUGAGGGAGACCACAACAGCAGACGAAGAGGAGGGUGAAGAACUCACUGCAACCCACCCUGAAGAGGGGAGGGAGGAAGAGGGGAGGAGCGAGGAAGGACUAACUCUAGAGACGGAUUCUGAGAAGUGGAGAAUAGAGGAGGAGAAGGAGGCAGCAGAGCAGGAGGGCCAUGAGGAAGAGCGAGGGAUGGAGGAAGAGAGAAAGCUGGUUGGAGGGCUUGAUUACAGAGAGAAGAAGAGAUUUGAAAAUGGGGAGAUAGAAGCUGAUGAGGAACAUGAAGACGAGGAGGAGAGAAGAGAUAAUGGAGAGGGGAGACAUGAAGAAGGGAUUAGAUCAGAUGAUGAGGAGAGAGGUGUUAAGGAAAAGAGAGCAUAUGGAGGAGAGGAGAAACUAGAAGAAGACCGGAGAGUUGGGGAAGUUAAAGAACCCAGUGUAGAUCAAGGCGAGAGAGACUACUUAGUUGUUACACACAUAGACCUCCCCCCUCCAACCAGCACUUCCUCCUCUCCUGUAGAAAAAGUAACAGACACUCAACCUGUCAAUCAAGCUAUCAACAAACCCAUGUCCCCUCCCCCUGCAGCUAUGCCUGUUCUACUUUAUGAUGUCACUCCUCCACCUGCCACUCAUCAUGACCCUCCCCCAGUUACACCUGCUACCUCCUCUCAAGUUCCAGAGUCUGCCACUCAUGCUCUCGCUCAACCUGCCAGUCAUAUCCAAGACCCGGCUCCAGAGGCAGAGGAGGCCAUCUCAUUGGCGGACAGUGAGCUCAUUAUGGUUCAGAGUGUGACUGACAGCUCCCAGACCAACCGCAGUGAGUGGGAGAGUUUUGUUUUGCAGGCAAUGGAGGUCAAAGUUGGCCCAAUUGUCAAGGUUUCAGUCAAUGACAAUCAGACUGAGAGGAACAGCAUUGUCUUUCUCAAAGAGACAGAAAAUACAUUCAAGCAGCUAAAGUCUACAGACAAACCAAAACAAGCAAAACCCACAGCCAAGGAACUGCAACCUACAGCCAAACCAAAAGAGAUGACAAAACCAACAGCCAAACCCAAAUUGACGGUACAGACAAACUCCACACCCAAAACACAACAGACAAACCAUACACCCAAAACACAACAGGCAAAACCCACAGCCAAGGAACUGCAACCUACAGCCAAACCAAAAGAGAUGACAAAACCAACAGUGACAGUACAGACAAACCCUACACCCAAAACACUAGACUCAAAGCCUAUACCCAAAACACUACACACAAACUCCAGACCAAAAACACAACAGACAAACCAUACACCCAAAACACAACAGACAAAACCUACACCCGAAACACAACUGACAAAGCCUACACCUGAAACACAACUGACAAAGCCUACACCUGAAACACAACUGACAAAACUUACACCCAGAACACAACAGACAAAACCUUCACCCAAAACACAACAGACAAAACCUACAGCCAAACUAGCAGUGCCAAAACACACAAUGAAGCUGACACAGACUACCAAGAGUAUCAAGACAAAGACAGUGAAACAUCAAAAGAAAGACAAAAUAAAUGAGAGGAAAGGUAAACCUCUGAAAAAGGACAACAAAACCAAAGAGACAAAACAGGAAAAGAAGGAGGGCACAAAUCCGGCAUACUUCCCCUACUUCAAAGACAGCUACUGUCCACCGGAGUGUGCCUGCUAUGGACGAGUGGUCCAGUGUUCCGACAAGGGGGUGGAGAAGGUUCCGUACGGCAUCCCUUAUAACUCCCGCUACAUCCUCCUGAUGAACAACCGCAUCGACAGCAUUCAGCUGGACCUGCUCAAUGAGUACCUGUCCAUGGAGUUCCUGGUGCUCAGCAACAACCGGCUGACAGACGGCUCCAUCGAGGGGGCCUUCGAGGGCAUCCCAGCCCUGAGGCGGCUCUACCUGGACCGGAACCUACUGGAGAGCGUGCCCACAGACCUGCCCGCCUCCCUGGAAGAGCUACGUCUGGAUAACAACCAGCUGAACGUGAUGUCGGAGGGAGCCUGGGCCCACUGCCCUGGCCUGCUGGUCCUCAGCCUCAGCAACAACAGCCUGGGGAAUGGGAACGAUACUCUCCCCGCCAGUGUGCUCUCACCUCUGGGCAGCCUGCGCACCCUCAGCCUGGACCGCAACCGGCUGGCCUCGGUGCCUCUGGGCUUACCGCUAUCUAUCAGGGAGUUGUACCUCCGUGGCAACCUUAUCCAGAAGUUCCCAGGGGAGGCCUUCAUGGGCACCUCAGAGCUGGUGAUUCUGGAUUUGAGCGCUAACCGGCUAACCAACCAUGGCCUGCUCAGGGAGUCCCUCGUCAACGCCACCCACCUGGAGAGCCUCAACUUAGAGGGCAACCAGCUCAAGAAGGUACCCCGCCAUCUCCCCUCUUCCCUCAAAACCCUCAACCUGGAGGGCAACCUCAUCUCCUCCGUGGGCAAAGCCUCCUUCCUCCACCUCCCCCACCUGGAGCACCUGGGCCUGGCCAGUAACAAGAUAGCCAGGGUGGCCUCGGGGGCUUUCAGGGCGCUGCCUGUUCUGCACCAACUGGACCUGUGUCACAACGCCCUGAGCCAGGUGCCCAGGCAGCUGCCCCGGGGGCUACACACAACAAGAUCCACUCAGUGCCCCGCGACGCCUUCUGCUGGGGGGGUUCAGACCCCGGCCUCAGCAGCCUGGUGCUGGUGCAGCUGGAGCACAACCUCAUAGACCUGGGCCACCUGGACGCAAAAGCCUUCCACUGCCUCAGAGGCUUCCAGGUGGUACACUUCUACUGAGCUGCAGUCUAUAGAAUCCUGCAGGACAGUCAAACUGCAAGUAUAGAUUAUAAACAAUCCCACAACUGAAACCAAUUGCUGUGUUUUUUCUGUUCAACCUGAAAGUCCGUUGGGCUCUAAAAUGGCGGUAAAAUGUUCUGCAAUACACAGAGAAACAAACAUCAUGUCGGGAGCUGAUUUUGAUUCAACAUUACAAGAUAACAAUGCAAGAUGGCCAGUUGAGUGAACUUGGAUCUCAAUGUGGAUAGCUAUACUGUACUGUAUGCCGUCGCUUGGGUAAAGCUGUGAUUGAUGGAAGCCAUGGUGUUCAGAGAAAAUACUUACUGGAACCGCUUCCAUGAAGUCUGUGUUGAAAGACUAUGGCCUACUUAAAGGUCAAUGAUGCCACGUACAGUUGAAGUCAAAAGAAUGUGAAAUCAGAAUAAUAGUAGAGAUAAUUAUUUAUUUCAGCUUUUAUUUCUUUCAUCACAUUCCCAGUGGAUCAGAAGUUUACAUACAGCACACUCAAUUAG